UUUUUUACAUACCGUAGGGAUACUCGAGCCACAGCAACACGCACCAGCGGCGCGACAGGGCCAGCCGAGGCGUGAACAUAGCACAGCCGGUUCGUGUACGUCGCACGACUGACUACGACGCGAAAACGGCGCGAGAAAAUCACCAGCAGUAAAUGCGGAUGCCACGCCCACUUGUUGCCCUGGCCAUCCUGGCCGACAGCGCGGGCGCGCUAUUGAUGACGAGGCGGACGCCGGCUUCCCGGCGACGACCGCAGCUGCGGGCGCGGGCCGAUGACGCCGAUGAGGCGGAGGAACUGCGACGGAUUUUCGAGUCCGGCGCGGACUUGCUCACGCCCGAGGAGGAGAUGGCCAACGAGGACGCCCGCGAGGGCGUCGCGUCGAUCUUCGACGCGGAGGACAUGCGGACGCUCUUCCACGAGGGUCUCGCGGCCGAGGGCGACGCGCCCCCGACGCUCGCGAAGAGCGCCGGCAGCCUCGCGGACAUGGAUGACGCCUCGUUCAAGCUCCUCAUGUGGAAGCGCCUCGGUCAGAACGACUUCGACCGAAUAUUCAAGGGGCCACGCGUCGAGUUCGAAAUUUAGCGUGCCGCAUGGAUUAUCUACAUGAAUAAAUAACUUGAAUGAUUGCUUUUGCUUAGAGCUAGGC